AUCUUCAAGACAAUACUGAUAUUACACGAGUCUCUGUUUGUUGUUUCUCCUCUAUUUUUAUCCAAGUAUAUUAGUGAAUAAAUAAAUAAAUAAAUAAAUACUAGUGAAUAAAUUGUUACAGAUGAUCUCCAAAUUUAUUUACGCGCUUGUGCUCAUCGCUGGUACCAUUUUAUAUCAGUCAACGCUUGCGCAAAUUGACGGAUACAGACCUGGAAUCGACUACCCCGUUUACAACUCAGUGCCCCCGGGCCUGGGGUUCAACUGCGGGGGGAAAUUGCCAGGUUAUUACGCAGAUCCAGAAGCUAGAUGUCAAGUUUGGCACUGGUGUCUUCCCAGCGGUCAGAUGUUCUCUUUUCUUUGUCCAAAUGGCACCGUUUUUAGCCAAACUACCCGAGUCUGCGAUUGGUGGUUCAAGGUCGACUGCAAUGACUCGCCAAGACUCUACGGUAUCAAUGAUGACUUGUAUCGAGACGUGAACGGCAACAGAAUAUAAAAACAGAUAUUUAUUUAUGUUAAAAUUGUACUAUAAUAAAAAAUACUAGUAAAAUA